AUGCAGUCGCUACGAACAAGGCGGUCUCAGGCGCCGCGGCAAGCCCAGCGCACCCCUACGACUUCGAAUAGGUUAGCGAAGAACAAUGCGUCGAACCGGGACACGCGCAAGUCCAAGGUCGACGACAGGAUCAAGAAGCGCAUGUCCAUGCGUUAUGCAGAUAUAUCUGGACCCACAGAACUCAGUAUACCGGAUGUACCUUCUCUGCCUGUGGGCAUCGCUGCGUCGGCGAAUCGACGGCGUCCGGGAGAGCAGGAAGAGUUGGUUGCCGAUCGCAGCGUCGGGGCCGAUGAAUCUCGGCGAGCAGACGACCUGGAGCACAUGCUGGACGACGACAACUUUGAUCCUGACGCGUAUCUGAAGGCGAAGCUAGCUAACUCCACUGAAGCUGAAUUGAAGUCGCUACAGUCCUCCUUGCGCGGUGCCAAGGAUGGUGUAGCUUUUGAUCUCCAGCGGAAUGUCUUUAAGAACUAUGCAGAGUUCGUGCUCAUUUCGAAGGAGAUCUCGACGCUGGAGAACGAAUUGCUGGAACUCAAAGAAUCCCUCUCAGAAUACAAGUCAAUGCCCUCGUUAUUACAUAUUCCUGACCCGUCAUCUUCAUCCUCGACUAUAUCCACCUUCCGUCGUUCCUCGAUGGCCGACCUUCGCAUCAUGUAUUUCAAUCAAAUGCAAGCAUUGCACGCGCAGAUUGAGGGAUCCUCCAAGUUUGCCCCAACGUUACCAGGGAGACAUGUCAUAGCGGAGACGGACGGCGUGCUUAGCUUGAACGCAGCGACGUACAAGCCUAUCGGCAAAGUCAAGUUUGUGGUUUUGGAUGAUUUGGUACUAGUGGCGCGGCGCAGGCGUCGAAACGGUGGUGGGGGCGGAGGCGGUUCAGGGAAUCCAAGCUCGGGGAGUGAAGGCAAGUUAGUAGCGGAGCGAUGUUGGCCCAUAAAUGAAAUGCUCGUGCUUGAUACGAAAGACUCACCUAGCAUGACGAACGUUUUCAAAAUCAGACAUGGAAAAGAGACACACGUCUACCGCACCCAAUCGUCUGGCGACAAAAAGUCUCUUCUUGCUCAGUUCCGACAGGUAGCUGAAGAACUCGCAGCGAAGAGGCGUAAAGAGAGAGAAGGCGAACAUGAGCGGCGGAAGACCAUGAUGCUGGGCGGUAAUCUAAUGGACAAGGCCCCUCCGAUGCCGGACUGGAUGGCGGAACUGUCAGAGAAGGCUGGGGAAGGCAGUUCUAUGGCUCGCGAUAAAGCUGAACGAGAUAAUCGAUGGGUCAGCGAAUGGUCGGACGAUUUAAGUGUCUCUAUCGCCCUCAAGGAAUGGGACAAAGCUGUGGGCCUUGUAGAGGAAGGUAAAGCGAAAUCAUCAGUGACACCAGCCUUAGCCACUAAGCUUCCCGUUCUGACUGGCCUCCUCACAACCUCCCUUCUCUCCUCUUUGGCACUCCCAAGUAACCGAAAAGCUGCCGUUGUACACCUCAUUUCGCUGCUUAUUCGUCUGGACGCCGGCCCCGCCGCCCGUCGUACAUUCUUAGAAAUGAGGGAGCAGGUGAUGAAGACUCUGAUUAGGAAAAUUGCAUUUAGUGGGGAUACUGCAAGCUAUGUUGGGGAGAUGUGUAUGGUGUGGUUCACGGCGAUCAAGCAUACCGCAGAUUGGUUCCUUGCGAGUUUCAAGGAGAACGAAGUGGCGAGUUCGUUCGUUGAAUGGUCGAGGAAACAGAUUGAGGCUUACGCCGAGAUGUUCAGAACGCAAGUAUACGGUUCAGAUGUUGACACGGAAGUUAUAGAUGAGUGUGUUAAACUGACUUACACGCAGAGCAAGAAGCUACUUCAAGAAUAUGGCCUCGACUUCAGGUUUUUGCUUGACGAACUCCUUCCUAAAGAAGCGUCAACCGCCGUGUCUCCAGAAGCGAGGAUGUCGAAGCCAUUUUCUUUCCGAGGACACUCUAUACAAGUCCCUAAACACGAUGUCGACUCUUCUGUUCUUUCGGCUUUCCUCAGCCCCGGGUCUUCCUCCGCUGCGUCGAACUCAACGCUUGGUACGCCAUCUAGGAUCCCCUCGAUUCCUCUUCGCAGACGUGGCUCCCCGGCUCCGCCACUACCUGUUGCGCCGGCCUCGGCCUCUGUAAUACCAUCAUCAUACGGCACCUCCUCGAACCGAACUUCAGAUAUAUCAAGCACCAUAUACCCCGCAUCCGCAACCAUCCCCACGUCUUCUUCACGCCCGCCAACGCCCACAAGAUCCCGCACCCCCAAUCCUCCAUCGUCGUUAACCGCAGCCGAUCCACCUCCAGUACCCAUCAUUGCGCCGACUCCACGGAGUACACGCACGCCUCCACCUGGGGGGCGGCAGGGAAUGCCUGAUUAUGCUACUCCUCGCGAGCGGCCACCGAGGGCGCUACGAGGAAGCCCGGCCCCGCCGCCGAGGUCUAGUAAUCGACCAGGAAGUUCAGCUAUGCAUCGCCCGGCCCCAGUAGCAAUCCCGCCUAGAGAGGUCGACCGACGGCAAGAUUGCAAAUACUCCGAGGCGCAACAACACAGCCAGCGACAACGAGAAUUCAACGGCUUUCAUCCGCUACGCGGGAGAUCCAUACCAGUCAUUCGCGGCUGGGACAAUUACCUAUUCCGAGGCGGAGCCAGGCUGGGUUGCUUGAGAAUGGUCGAAGAUGUUAUGCGUCUGAGGCUAGUGGCUCUGGUACGCUGUAGUGUCUUCCGGGCGGUGGAUCUUACGCCUGACCGAUCCCAUACAGUCCUACAUAGUCCCCGGAAGCCUCAUUUCGACAAGAUCCUCAUCGCAAAUAGAGGUGAGAUAGCAUGUCGGGUCAUACGAACGGCGAAGAAACUCGGGAUCCGGACUGUCGCCGUGUACUCUGAAGUAGAUAAAGACGCGUUACACGUGAGGGAGGCCGACGAGGCGUAUUGCAUAGGACCCGCACCUUCAGCAGAGUCCUAUCUGCGCAUGGAUAAGAUAAUUGAAGUGUGCCACAAAACUGGAGCACAAGCUGUCCAUCCAGGUUAUGGCUUUUUGAGCGAAAAUGCGGUGUUUUCUGAGCAGUUAGCGAAGGAGGGUAUUACUUUCAUCGGUCCCCCCGCCUCGGCCAUUGUCAGCAUGGGAUCGAAGAGUGAAUCGAAGAGCAUCAUGUCUGCUGCUGGCGUACCCUGCGUACCUGGCUAUCACGGCGCUGAACAAGACCCCAGCUUUCUAUAUUCGCAAGCCCAGCAAAUUGGGUUCCCCGUGUUGAUCAAGGCAAUCCACGGUGGAGGCGGAAAGGGAAUGCGUACAGUGUUCGAAGAGUCUGAACAGGCUUUCAACGAAGCGCUUUCGUCCGCGAAACGCGAGUCGCUCAAGGCGUUCGGGAAUGACACGGUGCUGAUAGAGAAGUACAUCAUCCAUCCUAGACAUGUAGAAGUCCAGGUCUUCGCCGAUAAGUUGGGAGGCGUUGUGAGUUUGUGGGAGCGAGAUUGCUCCGUGCAAAGGCGAAACCAGAAGAUUAUAGAAGAGGCUCCAGCACCCGGCUUGUCUCCGGAACUUCGAGCAGAUCUAAGUGCGAAAGCGAUAGCUGCCGCUCGAGCUGUGGAUUACGUCGGCGCGGGCACUGUAGAGUUCAUAUUCGAUAACGACACCUCCAAAUUCUUUUUCAUGGAGAUGAACACGAGACUCCAGGUAGAGCAUCCUGUGACCGAGAUGGUGACCGGUUUGGAUCUGGUAGAAUGGCAACUUGAGGUUGCAGCAGGAAACCCUCUUCCUUUGUCCCAGGCACAAAUACCGCUCGUUGGGCAUGCAUUUGAAGCGCGAAUAUACGCUGAAAACCCAAGGAACAAUUUCCUUCCUGACUCAGGACACCUACUUUACCUCUCGACACCAUCCCCGACUAAUGUCUUUGCUCCCACACUACCCUCCGCUUCCCGUAAGGCUGACGAUUCUCUUAUUCCCACCAACGAUGGAGCAGUAUCGGACUCGCUGCUGCAUUUGGGAGUUUCUACUAGACUGGAACAGGGUUUUGAACAAGGGGCCCAGAUAGGAGUGUUCUAUGAUCCGAUGAUUGCGAAGUUGGUGGUACAUGGCCAAGAUCGUACUGAGGCUUUGAGGGUGCUUCGCAAGGCCCUGGACGAAUACCAGGUCGUCGGCGUGUCAACGAAUAUCGAAUUCCUGAGGAGCCUAGCCGGAAACCAAGCCUUUAUCGACGGCGAAGUCGAGACUGGAUUCAUUCCCAAACAUACUGCUCAAUUGUUUCCUCCUGUGGCUGAGCCAUCACAUGCCGUUUUAGCGCAAGGCGCACUAUUUGUGGCGCUGCGCGAUCACCCCAACCAUAAGAUCGCAUCAGGCGUACCAGUCUCGCCAUGGAACUCGCUCUCAUCUCGGCGAUUUGGUGGGGACCACUAUGAACGAACGAUCAGUAUCCAGACGCAGGAGACCUCUGAGUCUGACGAUGCAUCAAUCGCGACAGUUCAUAUCAAGGCAUCAUCAAAGCCUGGUCGUUACAAUGCUAUCGUGCGCACUGACUCGUCGGAAACAUCGUUCCUCGAUAUACCCGCGGAGUUGGCUUCUCCGACGUCACUUGCCACUACACUGGAUGGCGAGUCCCUGAAGACUACUAUUGUGUCGCAGAGGCCGCCUCCGGACGUCCCGGCGUCGUUAUCGGUAAAUACGAUGGAGCGCCUUCACGUUUUCAGUAGCGGACGGAAGAUAACGCUCGUUCUUCCCUCGCCGAAGUGGCUGUUGUCCUUGGGCGGUGAUUUGUUGAAAGCUGCAGCAAAAGGCGCAUUGAAGGCCCCGAUGCCGAGUCUUGUCGUGGAGGUGAAAGUUAAAGUGGGCGAUAAGGUGGUUAAGGGACAAGCCGUCGUUGUGCUGGAGAGUAUGAAAACCGAGACGGUGUUGAGGGCGAAUACGGAUGGUGUCGUGAAAGCAGUAGCGUGCAAGGAUGGAGAAAUGGUAGCCGAAGGGAAAGAGCUGGUGGACAUUGAGGAAGAAGAUGUGUAA